ACAUCUGCGACGGCACGUAUGACGCCUACCAUGCACCAGCGUUGCGACUAUGUUGUGAUUCCGUGGUGCUGUCAAUGCUGGAAGUUCAACGUUUUGGAAUCAGAUACAUUAUUGAUCGCGUAACUUUAUCCAAGGUUGAUAUUGUAAUGUUUCUAAGUAACAAAAGACAAGUGUUACAAUAGGUUGUAACUAAUUCGCCUCGAUAUUAAGACGGGUGUAUGCGCGAGACAUGAGUGUCCAUGUAGCUCAGCUAGUAGGAUGAGUUGUCAUCAGACUUCUGCAGCUGGGAGUGGGACCGAAGACUAUUCUGUUCAACAGGAAAACGAACUAGAAGCGCUUGCAUCCAUUUUUGGAGAUGAUUUUCAGGAUCUGCGGAAUAACCGUCCAUGGAAGAUCAAAAGGCCACCCGAGGUAUACCUGUGCCUGCGACCUAACGGACUAAGCAAUGGGAAGGAAAGUUAUGUGACAGUGGACUUGCAGGUCAAAAUCCCACCAACGUACCCAGAUGUGCCUCCAGAGCUUGACUUGAAGAAUGCCAAAGGUCUCUCCAAUGACAACCUCCAGAACCUCCAGACAGAGCUCACUAAACUGGCUGCAGAGCGAUGUGGGGAGGUGAUGAUCUAUGAGCUUGCGGACCAUGUCCAGGGGUUUCUGAGUGAACACAACAAGCGUCCGUCCAGCUCCUUCCAUGAGGAGAUGCUGAAGAACCAGCGGCUGCAGCAGGAGAGGCUAGCCCUGGAGGAGCAGGCGCGACUGGAUCAAUGCCGCAGGCAAGAGGAGCAGACGAAAUUUGAGAUCAUGGCUGAAAUCCAAAGAAGAGAGGAGGAGAAACGAGAGGAGAAGAAGAGGAAAGAAAUGGCCAAACAGGAGCGCUUUGAGAGUUUGGACCAGCCGGCCGUAGAAAGUUGUUCUGUAUUGGGCAGCUCACCUUGUUCCCCUGGGCCUCCACCUGAGCCCACUGAGCCCAGAAAAGGGGCCAACCACCGGAGACGAACCAACUCGAACACCCGCCACAGACGGGACACAUAUAGCGAGGAUAGCCAACGCUCACAGGAAGUGCUUCACUUCAGCAACAGUACCCUGGGGGACAUCGUAGUGCAUAGAGGGAAGUGCCUGGGGGAGAGUGAGAGGCUUGGCCGUAAUGUUUAUAAUGCGUUCGAUGCUACCAACGGAGAGUUUGCUGUAGUAUACGAGUGGAUCCUACGCUGGAACAAGAAGAUUGGCAAGUUCUUCACCAGUGAGGAAAACAGCAAGAUUGACAGUUGUAAAAAGCAGAUCCAUGGAGCGGAGAGUGAGCUGAACUCCCUGCUGAAGCUGGAGCACCCUAACCUGGUGCACUACCAGGCCCUGAGCUCCAGUGAGAGGGAUGACUGCCUGGUGGUGGACCUGCUGGUGGAGUAUGUCGGGGUCAGCAGCAGUCUGAGCCAGAGCCUGUCCAGCCAGACCGCCAUCCCCCUGGAGCGCCUCCGCCUGCACACCACCCAGCUCCUGGCUGCCCUCGACUACCUCCACUCCAACUCUGUUGUCCACAAACAGCUGGGCGCCUCUAGUGUGCUGCUGGACCACCAGGGCAAUGUGCGUCUCACAGACUACAGCCUCUCCAAGAGACUGGGUGACAUCUGCAAUGAGGACAUCUUUGUGCAGGCCCGCGUGCGCUUCUGUGAAGACAUGCUUCCCACCAAGGCUGGGAAGAAAGGGGAUGUAUGGAGCAUGGGGCUUAUGCUGCUGGCACUGAGCCAGGGGAAGGAGGUCAGGGAGUACCCUGUGUCUGUGCCCACCAGCCUGCCAGCUGACUUCCAGGACUUCCUUAACAGGUGUGUGUGCCUGGAUGAUGCUGACCGCUGGAACACCCAGCAGCUCUUGGACCACCCCUUCCUCAACCCUCCACUUCCAAAGACCCCUCUACAGUGCCAGGAUGCUAGUCCAGAAGACAAUGGGGAUGACUUUGCGUCAUCGGUCAUCCCUCACAGUCACAUCCUCAAUGCCCCGUUCAGCACUGGGCUGCAGAGGCAGUUCUCACGCUACUUCAAUGAGUUUGAAGAGCUACAGCUGCUGGGGAAAGGAGCUUUUGGUGCCGUUAUCAAGGUCCAGAACAAGUUGGAUGGCUGUUACUAUGCUGUGAAGCGUAUCCAGGUGAACCCAGCCAGUAAGCAGUUCCGUAGGAUCAAAGGUGAGGUGACGCUGCUCUCGCGCCUCAACCAUGAGAACAUCGUCCGCUACUACAACGCCUGGAUCGAGAGGCACGAGACCCCCUCCACGGGGGUCCUGAGCUCAGACAGCUCCGAGCCCAAGAGCACAGCGGAGAAACUGCCCCAGGUCCGAGCCCCCUCUCUGCGACUCAACGAGCUGGGCUUCAGCAUUCUUGACAACGUGGAGGACAACGCCCCUCCCCCCGCCCUGGCCAGCUCGGUGGAGUGGAGCACCUCCAUCGAAAGGUCCUCUAGCGCCAAGUGUAGUGGCCACGAGACCAGCGAUGAGGACGAUGAUGAUGAAGAGGAUGUCUUCUGUGCCUCGUUCCUCCCAUCAAACAGUGACUCAGAGAGUGACAUCAUUUUUGACAAUGGGAAUGGCAGCAUAUCUCAGGAGGAGCCAAGCAAGGGAGUGGGGGGUGACACGAUAGAUAGCACAGACUCGGAGAGGCCACAGCUCAUAGCACAUUACCUUUACAUCCAGAUGGAAUACUGUGAAAAAAGCACUUUGCGAGACACCAUUGACCAGGGCCUCCAUCAGGACAACAGUCGCCUGUGGAGGUUCUUCAGGGAGAUCCUGGAUGGCCUGGCCUACAUCCACGAACAGGGGAUGAUUCAUCGAGACCUCAAGCCUGUCAACAUUUUCUUGGACUCUCAGGACCAUGUGAAAAUUGGAGACUUUGGCCUGGCCACAGACCAUCCUGCUAAUGUGGCUGCAGCAGGUAAACUGGAUAUUGAGGAGAGUGGCUCUGUUCUGAUUCUCAAAUCGGACCCAACAGGGAAUAUGACUGGUAUGGUUGGUACUGCCUUGUAUGUCAGUCCAGAGGUGCAAGGAAAUACUAAAGCCACUUACAACCAGAAAGUGGAUCUGUUUAGCUUGGGUAUCAUCCUGUUUGAGAUGUCCUACCGGCCCAUGACCACCGGAUCUGAACGCAUCUCAGUCCUGAGCCAGCUGCGCAUGGAGGACAUCCACUUCCCUGAAGACUUCCCUGAGUGUAAGAGUGGAAUGCAGAGGAAGGUGAUUGGCUGGCUGUUGAACCAUGACCCGGCCCUGCGUCCCACGGCCCAGGAGCUCUUGAAGAGUGAUCUGCUGCCCCCGCCCCAGAUGGAGGAGUCAGAGCUCCACGAGGUCCUGCAGCACACCAUGGCUAACGUCAAUGGCAAGGCCUACCGCACUAUGGUCAACCAGCUGUUCUCCCAGAACACCUCCCCUGUCAUGGACUACACCUACGAUGUCGACCUCCACAAGGGUAGUUUUAAUUUCAACAGUGCUAAAUUGCAACAGUAUGUGUACGAAACAAUUACCAGGAUCUUCAAGAAACACGGGGCUGUGCGUCUCCAGACCCCCCUGCUGCUCCCCAGGAAUAGGAAGUUGUAUGAGGGCAGUGAGCUGGCCUGCUUGAUGGACCACAGCGGUAUGCUUGUCACCCUGCCCUACGACCUCCGGAUGGCAUUCGCAAGAUUUGUGGCCAGAAAUAAUAUUACCAAUUUCAAGAGGUGGAGCAUCGAGCGUGUGUUCCGGCCCAGGAAGCCAGACAGGGCUCACCCCAGGGAGCUGCUGGAGUGUGCCUUUGAUGUCAUUGUCCCUGUCACCAACAGCCUGCUGCCUGACGCUGAGACCAUCUUCACCAUCUCAGAGAUUAUCCAGGAGUUUAGUGUCCUGCAGGAGAGGAACUAUCACAUCUACCUGAACCACACCAGUCUGCUGAAGGCCAUCCUGCUACACAGCGGAGUCCCAGAGGACAAGCUGAGCCACGCCUCCAGUAUCCUUUGUGAAGCCAUGAGUGAAAAGCUGACUAGGCGAGAGGUGGAGGCCAAGUUCUGUAACCUCUCUCUGUCCAACAACAGUUUGCAGACGCUGUAUAAAUACAUAGAGCAAAAGGGAGACCUUCGGGACCUGGUCCCCCUCAUCACCUCUCUGACCAAACAGAAGACUGCCGUUACCCAGCUGGCCAAGCAGGGCCUCAGAGACCUGGAGGAGCUCACUGGUCUGCUCAGGAGACUGGGCGUCAAGCUGCAGGUGGUGGUCAACCUGGGUCUGGUAUAUAAAGUGCAGCACCAUUGUGGGGUCAUCUUCCAGUUUGUGGCCUUCAUCAAGAAACGCAGACGCACCGUGCCAGACAUCGUGGCUGCAGGAGGGAGAUAUGACCACCUGAUCCUUGAGUUCCGUGGCCCAGCGUCCUCUGCUCCUGUCCCCUCGGCAGUAGGGGCCAGUGUGGCUCUGGACAAGGUCUGUGCUGCCCUGGCCAACAUGGAGGAGCCGCCCUCUAUCAGUUUGUGUGAUGUGCUGGUGGUGCCUGUAGGCCACACCUCUAUGGGCAGGGCCAUUAAUGUGAUCCAGAAGCUGUGGACAGCAGGGGUCUCUGCUGACAUCGUCUAUGAUGUGUCACAGUCCCAGGAGACUCUGCUGGAGCACUGCAGACAGGCUGGCAUCACCUGCAUGGCCCUGGUCUCAGACAAGGAGGGGAACUACAUCAAGGUCAAGUCCUUUGAGAAGGAAAGGCAGUCAGAGAAGAGGAUUCCAGAGUCUGACCUUGUGGAUCACAUUGUUCAGAAAUGUCGGACCAAAUUCUAUGAGGAGAAAAAUGUCAGGGAAAUCUCUGAGACUGUCUCUCUUCAGAACUCCAAGGGAUCACUCGUUAGUACCUCAGGAUCAUCAGAGCAGCACGGGAGCAGUGCCUCUAGUAACAUAAAUGUGAACCUCCUCACCCCGGAGAAGGUGUCCUCUAGCACCAGACGACGCUUUGAGACCCAGAUACAAACCAGAUUGCAGAAUCUAGGUAGCAAUUUACAGAACAAGAGCAAUGACAUCGAAGUUCUGGCUGUGGACCUGACAAAAGAAACCCUCAUCAACUUCCUGUCUUUGGAGUUUGAUGGAGAUGAGCCGUUCGAUAUCAGUGUUAAACAUCUGCUGUCGCGUCUCCCCAAGCAGCGCUACCUCAAGUCCAUCUGCGAGGAGAUCCACCGCUUCAAAAUCAUGAAAAGGGUUGCUGUGGUGGUUUUGUACAGCUACAGGGAUGAUUACUACAAGAUUCUUCUGUAAAACCGAAGAUGUUUCUGCCCAGGACAAGCUCCAAGCUGCUCCCAGCACAACGGGCUUCCUGUGCUUUUCAAUUUACUGAAACAGUAUCUGUUUGAAGAGGUUGACAGCUUUAUUCUGUGACUUUUUCCUUUUCAGAGUGAACCCAAAUUCAAAAGUCAACUUUUACUAUGUUGAAAUGUAAUCCAGGUACAAUCAGCUGUUACCCUGAAGCUCACAGCAUUGUGUUACUCCCUACCACAAGACAGUUCCUAAUCUUACUGUACCUGCCUUAAUGGAACAGCUCAUAUACAUUCUGAGGAGGAAGGGGUUUUUGAUUGCAGAUAACGUUUCCAAAUUAAUGUCCAAUUCCAUAUUUUUUAAGUGACAUGAUUAAUAAUGGCAAUAAAUCACAUUUUCCCUCA